AUGAUUUUGCUCUUCUCUUCUCUGAACCUUAACUUGUAUCUUCUCAUUCUUUCUUUUAUCCCUUCCAAUACAACGGAAGUGUCAGUCUUUUCAUAUCUAUCUGUUUAUCUGUCUAUCUAUCUAUCUAUCUAUCAGGCUUUUCCUGUUUCGCCCUUCCUUCUUUUUUCUCGUUCAUUUUUCUUCCUUUCCUUCACUAAAGUUUCUUCUUCCUCUCCCCUAAUUCUUCUUUCUUUCGUCUUUUCUCUCACAAUCCUCCUCCUUUUCCCAGCAGUAUUUCUUCUUAGUUCCCUCCCCAGUCUUUCUUUUCUUACUUCAUCUUCCUCAAUCUUCUCCCCAUCAAUCUUUCUAGCUGCGUUUCUCCCUUCAUUCCUUUUUUUUCCUAUUCAUUCACGUAUCCACACGCUAAUUCGUUCGCCUCUUCUUUUCUUUCUUCGCUUAUUCAUUUUUUCUUGCUUACACUCAUGUGCUUUUUUAGUUUUCUUUCUUUUGUUCCACCCCCCCCCCGCCUUCUCUUUUUCGCUUUUCUCUCACAAACUUCCCCCUCCUAUUUGUUUUCUGUUACCGUUUUUUUUUCUUUCCCCCCACUUAGUCUUUACUCUUCUUCUCUCCGACCCGCUUCUAUCUUUCUUUCUGUUUACUCCUCUUUUUAUUUUACAUCCUCUUUAUUUUCUCUGGUUCCUGAUCGGCGCUUUACCUAUCUUCAUUACUCUUUUUCUUUUACCUUCUUUUUUUCUUCAGUUCUCACUCACUGUUUCCAAUCUUUCUUUUUUUUUUCUUCUUCUUUCAUAUCUCUUUCGCUAA